UUCAAUUAUACAAGAUACUUGACUCACAUAGUCAUCGAAGGAAAUGUGACAGAUUUUUGAUAGGUUAUGUUACCUGUACCGAUUAAUACACUAAAUAACAAUUGAAUUUUAUGUAAAUAAUGGAAGGUGUUCAAGUAAGAAUAAUUAGUAAUGAAAAGGGUAAAGGACUUUUUGCUCUUCGUUCUUUUAAGGAAGGUGAUACAAUUUUUGAGGAAAAACCAUUUAUUUGUUGUCAAUUCUCUUGGAAUGCUGAGUAUGGUUAUUUAGCUUGUGAUAAUUGUUUAAAACCCUUAGAAACUGCUGAAGAGAAUGUACGUCGACUUUCUGAAAAAUCAAAUAUUAUUUUACCCUAUCCAGAAUGUUGUGAAACUAAAACGGAAUUAAUCACAGAAUGUGAAUUAUGUGGAGUAAAAUAUUGCAGUAAUGGUUGCAAAAUUGAAGCAUUACAAAGAUAUCAUGAAAGUCUUUGUUUACAUUCGAGAAGUAAAAAUCAUCUUCAUCCACUUGUACGAUUAAAUGACACGUGGAAGCAAUUGCAUUAUCCACCGGAAACUGCGACUGUAAUGUUACUAGCACGAAUGGUUGCAUUAAUUAAUCAAUCGAAUGAUAAAGAUAGUAUUAGAUUUGUUUUAUCUCAAUUCUGUCAUCGAACAAUUAACGAAACACAAGAAAUAGCACACAAUUUACUUGGUGAAAAAUUUGUUGGUCAAAUCGAUCUAUUGAGAAAGACAAUGCAAAAUGUUUUAAAUACUGAAUUUGUACAGGACUGGUUUACACCUGAAGGAUUUAAAAGUUUGUUAGCAUUAGUGGGCACAAAUGGUCAGGGCAUUGGUACAAGUGCUUUUAGUCGAUGGGUUAAAAAUGUAACCAAUUUACAAUUAUCCGACGAUCAAAGAAUGCAAGUUGAUAAACUCAUUGAUAAAAUUUACGACGAUAUGGAAGAAGUUGUUGGCACAUUCUUAAAUAAUGAAGGUUCUGGACUGUAUACUUUACAAUCAACAAUAAAUCACAGUUGCUUACCAAAUGCCGUUGUUGAAUUUCCAUAUUCAAAUAGUACCUUGGUAUUGAAGGUAAUUCGAGAUAUUGAACCGGAAGAAGAAAUUUGUAUUGCUUAUUUGGAUGAAUGCCUCCUUGAAAGAAGUAGACAUUCUCGACAAAAAGCUCUAAGUUCACAGUAUUUGUUUAUAUGCAAAUGUACAAGAUGUUUAUUACAGGCAGAAGAUCCUGACGUUACUUCUGAAGAAGAUUAUGAGGAUGACGAUGAUGAAUCAUUGUGAUCAUGAUGAUAUAUAUCAAGAUAAAAAUAUUAAUUUUUAUACGAUAAAAUAGUUAAAACCCUAUAUACAUGCAUUUUAAUAAACAGUUUUUUUUAUCGCAAA